AUGGCCGCUCACUGGGACCCGACAAAUUUCGUCCACGAAGAGCCGACGCCGAUGUCCUUGCUCAGAGUGAAGAAGGACAUUGUGGAAUUCAAUGCGCAGCCACCGGCAAGACUCUACAUCUCACCCGUGGAGGCCGACGUCACACAAGUCAACAUUCUCAUGCUGGGAGCGCCCGGUUCGCCGUACGAAGGCGGAUUCUUCCAGUUCUUCCUCAAAUUUCCGCCAAACUACCCGCUGAGCCCACCCCGCGUGCGAUUCCUUAACACGGACGAAGGCAGGGUUCGAUUCCACAUACACCUCUACAACUGCGGCAAGGUGUGCGUAACUACCCUCGGCACGGCAGGGAUAAGGUCCGAUUGGAGCCCCGCGCAGUCCCUGUUGAGCACGCUCGUCUCCAUCCAGUCGUUGCUGAGCGAGAACCCAUUCUUCGACAUCUUCAAGGCGGAAAAGACAAAGGGCGACAGUCAGAGAUACAACCUCUACGUCGAGCACGAGACGAUCCGGGUGGCCGUGUGCGACCAGGUGGAUGCUGCCCUCAGAGAGGAUGCCAAGUGUCCGCCCUCAUUCAGGAAGAUCAUACUCGAGUCGUUUCUCGAGUCAUACAGCAAGUACGAAGACGCAGUGAAGGCACGGCUUGAUCAGACGGGCACGCAACUCUGGGAAGCAUUCCACAACGUGUACAGAACAGCGGAGUACAAGACGCUUCUGAAACGUCUGCAGAGUCUCAAGGAGAAGGUGGAAAAGAAGAACGAGCCGAACGCUGCUGCUACCGCGGCGGCUGAUGCUGCUGUGGCGGCUGCUAAUGUGACUGCAACUGCGGCUAUACUGCUACCGCUGCAGUAG